AUGACCGAUGCUGCUGCUGCUGCUGCUGCUUUUUCACUCGCCGCUCACGGACUAAGCAUGUGGGAACAGGAUCGCCCCAUCAUUUUUUCAGAUCGUGUCGUAUCAAGGUGUUCGCCCGGUGCUGCUGGCACGGACGCCGGCCAUCCAAAAUCAUUGUUCUCCUUCGAACUGGGCGGCAGACGUCUGGCCGCGGACGUAAGCACGAAGAGUGUGUAUAGUGGUGGGAGUGAAGCCGUUGCCGAAACGAUGCCGUCCUCCACGGCCGUCCCGUCUCUAUCGAGCGACGCCGCAUCCGCUUCAUCCUCGUCACCGGGCGUAUCUCUGGAAACAAGAUGGGCGGAAGGUCUCACCGGCCAGGAGAUAUUAGAAGAUGAUGGAACGGGCGCGCUCGUUGUCCCACCGUCCCGCCCUGCUCGUCAAUAUCAUCAUCACACCUAUAUCUGUCUGUUCUAUAUCUUAGAUUGUCACCACACCUUCGACGACGUCGAGCAAUGGAAGACUCAUGUACUGAGCCACUUCCGAACCCACGAACCCCCGCGAACAGCCCGAUGCCCGCUAUGUCCGGGUGAGCGGUUCAGCGACACUCCCGAGCAGAAAGGAUGGGAUCGCAUGCUCGACCAUGUCGAUGUAGCACAUUAUCAACGAGGCCAGACCCUAGCCGGAAGCCGACCGGAUUUUGAAUUGAUGCAGUAUCUCUACCGCUUGCGGAUUAUCAGCGUGGACCAGUUCAAGGUGAUGCAGCUGCCGCCGCCGCCGUCUAGCCCUGCUUAUCAUCGAUCGCAAGAGCCCGUCCGGGCAAACAUAGGCUCCUCAGAUGAACCAUACUGUGCUCCGUAUAGUCGACGGCGAGAACAAAGGAUGCGAGGACAGCGUCGAGGAGUCAGCGUCGGAUGA